AUGGCCAGCAAAAUUUUGGAAAAUAUUGUUAGUUUUUACCGUAAAUAUAAUUUAAAAGUUAAUGAAAAUUCUUUUAAUCCAACACCGAAAUUAAAAUCUAGCCCUGUACCAAUUCUAUUUAUUCCAUUUAAUGAAAAUGCAUAUAUUGAAUAUGAAACACUAGCAUUGAGUAUGUUAAACAUUUUAAACAACUUUAGACUUCAAACUAUUCAUGAAAAAGAUUUCGUACAUCGAGAUUUUCAUAGUGGAAAUAUAUUGAUUAAAAAUAAUUUAUGUAAAAUAGAUCAAUAUCUAAUUGAAAAUUUAGGAUUAUCACGGCCUUCAAAUGACAUUCCACAAGAUAGCAAUAUAUAUGUAGUAAUACCUUAUAUUGUACCAAAAUAUUUAAAGGCGUCAAUUUUCUAA